ACCUCCGUCAGCUGCGCAGCUGAGCCUGCACGGGAUCGGGCUCUGAUGAUGCCGCUGCUGGGUGACCGUGUUCCUGGGUCCUGAGCCGCCGCAGCCCUGGGCAAGGGAGCGCAGUCAGGAGGAAUCUGCUGGGUCGCAUCUGUCAUCCGGGAGGAGCAGUCAGUGGGGCGGCCUGAACCUGACCGGAUGAUCCCUUGAUAUGCCCUAGUGGACUGUCUUUAUAUCCGUAUUACAUCCAAUAUGGACACCUGUACAAGAAGCCAGGGUAGCCAAAUGAAGCCGAAAGUAUCGGUGAAAAAAGAAAAUAUCAGCGAGGGGUUGUUGAGUUCUGUGAAAUCAGUACUUCAAAGCAGGAAGGAGCUGUGUUCCAUCACAGACUGUCUGAAGAGCUGCAACAAAGAGGAUUUUAUUGAGAUUACUUUUCUUGGGCUUUCCAGGGAGUCUGGACUAAGAAACAUUCAGGGUAUAACAGCACUUUAUGUGGAUGUCCCGGAAUUGUUACAAUCUCCCCAUCUGUGCAAUUUAAAUGAGAAUGAAGUUAUUUUGAUGAAAGAUGGAAAAGAAGCUGCAAAAUCUAGUACAAUGCAGAAUUAUUUUUCUGGCUCUUUAUGUAUGAUGACCUCGGCGCCAUUGUCACUUUUUAAAAGUGAUUAUGUGUAUGUCCUGUUGAGCAAGUAUUCAGCUGGAGUACAGUAUGCAGUAGACCAGGGCGGCUUGAAUCAGAAGGCAGAUCAUCAUGAGGACGAUGACACUAAUCAUUCGGUCUCUUCAAUUGAGGAUGAUUUUGUAACUGCAUUUGAACAUUUGGAUGAAGAGGAUCCUAUAAAUACAAAUGACCUCCAAGGAUUGCAGUGGGGAUCUUCGACAAAUCAACGUGAUGCUGCCUCUCAGACACAGCCUUCUCACUGCCUAGACAUCACUGGUAGCAAAAUCAUAUUUAGUUCUGUGCAUCGUAGGUCAUCUAUCAAGUCUACAGUGCUAAUGAGCUACUUGGGCCAUCAGGACCUUCCAUUGUUGCCUAAAAAUGUUGGCAACACAUCUUGCGAUGCAUGGAAGCAUGGAAAUUGCCAGGGCAAAAACACAAUUUCUCCAUCUUCUGCAGAAACAUCAGACUCUGAAUGCUCUAGUCCCAGUCCUAUUAUUUUCUUAGAUGAAGAAGGGUAUCAAAAAAGCUUAAGAGCAAAACUUAGUCUUCCCAAGAUUCCAGUUGGAAAAGAGGGUGUUGAAGACUCAGAUUCAGAAAUAAGUGAGUUCUUUGAUAGCUUUGAUCGGUUUGAUGAACUGGAUCCAUGUUUAGAAGACAAUGAUAAUAAGCCUAUUCUAGGCAGUCCUCCUAAGAAAAGAAAACAUGCUAAAGUAAGUGUAAGCACAGUUUGCAUGAAUCCACAAAAAUUUAAGUUUGAUCGCCCAACAUUGUCAGCUAGUAUUAAAAAACCAACCCCUCGUAAAGCAGAGUCUCCAUUUAGUAGUAUAAUGAAUGUACCAGAAUCGCCACGCCCGGCAAAGACAUGUGCUGAGGAUAAUGGAUCCUUAUUUAGUCCAAUCAGAUCAUCUGCUUUUAGUCCCCCUGGCUCUGCUAUAGGCUCAGAGGGUUCUUUUCAACCAGCAAGCCAAAAUGAGGCUGCAUCUUGUAAGGGCAAGUCUUAUGUUGCCUUUAGUAAUUAUGCAAACCGUGUAUGUGCUGAUAUGUUUGAUUCGGUCUUAAAGCCUAAACCAUCCUCUGAGCUUGCAAAAAAAGAACCUGAGAGAUUUAUAAAGCUUAAACGCAAAUCGAAUAAUAAAGAAUCCGAACGAAGAAUGAAGACAAAGCAUAAAUCCAUCAAAGGAGGAAUUCAGAAAUUUGCUGCAGAUCUGGUGGAGAAAAGCUUUGGAAGUGCAUUUAAAGACUUGCAAAGGGGGGUUUCUUCUUGUACUAGUGCAUUGUGCCACCUAGCAGCAAGGCUAACAUCGUAUGUGUUUCAAAUGGCUUUUUAUGAAAUUGGUAGGAGGCAGGCUUUUUCAAUUAAGAAACAAGCUAUUAAUGGUUUAGCAAAUCUUAUGGUAAGCGAAGUCAUGACAAGUGCUCUGCAAGAACUUCGUUAUAUAAAGAAACAAAUGGUUACCAAUGCAGUAACACGAUUUGCUGCAGACCUUGCAGAAGAACUUGUUUUUGAAGGCAUUAUGGAAGUUUGCCAGUUCUCUCACCCACCUACUCCAAAUGUGUCUUCUGAUACACAGGCUUUUGACUAUGAAGAUGUUGUAGUAAGUUCCUAUGCUAAGGAUUUAUCAGAAUCUGUGAUACAGGAGGCCUUUAUCGAAUUAUCUCAAGUGAAUGUCACUUUCACCACAGAAGCUGCUAUAAGUGUUUCCAUGGACAAUCUGAAAUAUGUAGGCUCAGAAGGAUUACAUCAGUCAACUCCGUCAUCUUCCUCUUCUCUUUGUGUACAUAAUUUAGCCUCACCUGCACCAAACGAGCCCAAGAGAGACUUUACCGUUCACUAUGCUUUACUGUUUACAUCUGGUCUUAUGAGUUCCGUUCCUGUGCCUGUAGCUGCAAAAGUGCUAAGUCAGCAUUCAAUUUCCACUGACCAUACAGACUUGUCUACCAAUAACAUGUGCAUGAAUAAUGCAGAUAAUCAUAAUUUUUCAAGAAAAGACUUUGAUGGACUACCAUCUGACAAAGCCAUUUUUUCUGCGUUUACAAGUUGUGUAAAUGGUAGCCAACAAGAGCAAAGAUAUGUAGAUUUUAUAAAGGAGGAUGCAGAUGGAGUAAAACCCUUUUCCGUUACUAUGGUAGAUAUGAUUGUAAAUGAGGCAUAUGAUGUUAUCAAAUCAGCCAAAACUGUGGAAGAUUAUGCUGACAUGAUGACCAAAAGAAUUAUUGAGAUACCUCCCCAACACCGUUCAUUAGAAGGUGGUGCCCCACAGCAACAGUUUGCAAAUGAUUUGGCUAAAGGUGCUUCCUGGCAUCCAAGUGGAAAAAAUGCACAGUCUCUAUCAAAUAGAUGGGAUGCAAGUAAAUGUAAUUGUGAUAUUUCUGUUAAUUUUCUUGGCUAUCAUACCCAAGUAGAACAUACCUCUCUAAAUCCUUGUUUUACUGCAAAAUCUUCUGCAAAAGACAGAAAGUCUGGAUCUGCUAAUAAACAUGCAUCACUUACUCUUCUAGGGAAUUCAAAUAAUGCUAACAAUAAAGCCAGUUUGGGGGGCUUAACUGCAAGACUAAGUGUAGACAACAGUGAAGUUACAGACCCCCCACUGUUUGGCCUACAAAGUUGUUUUCCUCAUAUCAAUAGCUUUUCCUCUGUAUUGUGUACUUGUGGUGAUGAUUUCUUCAUGGAGGAUAGAAAUUCCCAUAAUGGUUCAAAUGUGACCUUACUGCCUGGCACGCCACCUUCUACACCUCUAAUGUCUUAUGACAUGAGUCCCGUAAAAAGCAUGAGAAAACUAAGUAAAAGACUGAAGGGGCAACUAGCAAAAGAGUUCUAUCCUUCCACCCCACCAUCUACUCCCCAUCUGUCUGCUUAUGAACAAAACAAUAUGAAAAAGGAUGACUUCAUGCUUAAGCUUAUGAGGUCUCUCUCUGAAGAGGUAGAAAGUUCCAGUAGUGAUGAGAGCUCUGAAGAGUUUGAGGUAUCUGAAGAAACUUGUCAAUAUGCUGAAUAUUUGUCAAGCAACAUCAUAUCCAUUGCUACCGACAUGGCUGCUUCUUCAUUAGUUGACGAGUCUGUCCAGGCACCACCAAUGAGAAACCGGUCACAGUUAAGCAUAUUGAGUGACAAAUGGGGAUACCCAGCCUACAUGAGAAAUAUUACAGAAGACCUUUUAGAAACAUUAUGUUCAUAUGCUAACUGUGUUGCUGGUGAAGUCAUUAGUGAUGCAAAGGAAGUACUGGGGAGCAGAAAGAACUCAGCCUGUGACCUGGAAUAUAGCAAUUCUCGGAAAUCUGAUAAAGAUUGUAGACCUAAAGAAAGAGGUCAUAAUUACACAAGCUUUAAAUCUUCUGAUGCAACAACUCUUCCCCUGCCUCAUUAUGGAGGUGGCGGUUUGACCUCAAAAUAUCCAAGCUGUGAAAGCGUAACUGAGGAAUAUGCUGACCACCUUAUACGGGUCCUAAAAAUGGAAGGAGGGAGCAGUGAGUUAAUAAUGGAUCAAUAUGCUAGUAGAUUAGUUUAUAGAGCUAUGAAGUCUGGCUUACAGCAGGCCUCUAAAACAGUUAAGCUGAAGUGCAAUAGGAAAAUCAUGCCUAGAAUGAAACCUGAAGCAAGUAGUAACAAGGACCUAUUCAGACUUUUGGGUAGGACUCACCAUGCAGGCAAAGACAGAAGACAAAGUAAUGUUAUCCUCCCUUCUUUCACUGACGACUCUGCACACAAAACAGAGUUUAAUAGGCUAAUUCAUUUUGCAGAAUCUCUUGCCAACACUAUAACAUGUGAUGUAAAGAAAAGGUUAAAAUUGUCUGCUGCUUCUCUUCCCAAGUCAUUAACGGAUUCCUGUCUUUAUACAAAAUCCAGAAACGAUUAUGUCAGUGGAGAGAUUGUCAAAACCUCAUUUCCCAAGACACCUUUACUAUUCUCUCAUAAGCAGAAGCUCUAUCACAGCACAGGUAGCUUGAAUGAUAAUGGUUAUAGUGAAAGUUUUAUACAAGCUAUUGAACAAUAUGCUUGCAAGGUUGUAGAUAGCACUUUGGAAUUCAGCUUAGAGCGGGCCAGGCUGCAAGCGAUGGAAAAUAGAAGAAAAACUGACAAAGACUCGAAUGCCGCAAAACUUGUACAUUCUUACGGAACGGCUUGCAGAUUAUGUAGUGCAAAAGAGCAGCAAGGAAACCCUUUGUCAUCCUGUCACUUCUUGCUGGGACAUGACGUAUCCAGAAAAAUUAAACAGUGUGCAAAGUCUAAGCAAAAUUCUGGUCAAAAAUCCAGACUUUUUCAUCUGAACAUCCCCAAAAUUCAAAUAGACCUCGAUAAGAGAGCAAUGUUUGCUGAUAAAAUAGUAAGUGCGGCUAUUGAGAAAGCGGAGCGUGAACUCAGCAACACAAGUUUGGCAGGUGAUAGCGGUAUUGGACAUGAUGGGGUCAGCUUUGCCGAAAGCCUUACCACUGAAAUCUUGAUGUCUGCAAUGAAGAAUAUUGGCCAAGUUGUUAAUAUAAGUUCCAUCGGAAAGGAUGGGUUCCAGUCAGUGGACUCAGUGACGAGCCAACAGACCAGUGUUAGCGUUGGGGAUGACAGCACAGGCAGCUGGUCCAAUCUGAGCUUUGAGGAUGAACACCAAGAUGAAAGCAGCAGCUUCCUUCACCUUAGUGACAGUAAUGGUAACAGCAGUAGCUGGAGCAGUCUGGGAUUGGAGGGAGACAUGUGUGAAGAAAAUGUAUCCUUCCCACCAUCAGACAGUGAUGGAGCUGAAGAGAAAGAUGAAGACCUCAAAGUAACAACAGAAGUUGGUGGACAACAGCGUAAGAGUCUGCUGAUUAGAAAUCUUGAUCUGGGACCAAGUACAGUAGAAUCACAGAUGAGAACCAUAUUACAAUGGAUUGCUGCCUCAGAGUGUGAUAUUUCGGAGCUCUACUUUCCUGAGAAUGCCAUUAAAGACCACUUACUUCUUUUCCGACGAAUCCGAGAAAAAGGCUGGAAAACUGGUGACCUCUUGCAAGCUGUUCUUCAGUACUGUGAAAGCUCAGAGACGUCCUUACAUCUCCCCAAUCCAUUGUUCGGCUGGCUUUUGGAAAAGGUUUAACAAGCACUUUAUAGAUGAACUUACUGGAAGACGUCAAAGGAUAUCUGUGGAUAUAUCCACAAAAGGAUAUUUGAACUGACGGUUUUAUAAAUAAGCAGUUAAUGCCAGAGCUUUGCAUUGUGGAAUUUGUGUGCACACACUUACAUAUGUGAUUGGAUGCAUAUCUUUGUGGUCGGUACCAAGAUGUUUUAAGUAUCCGUGCUGUUCUUGCAUUAAUUGAAGACAUGUAUUGGCACUAGUAUCAGUUGGAGAGCACUGCUUUUAGCAUCACAUAUCUGUAUGAAAAAGUUGCUAAUUUUGUAAAAGGUUUUACUCACAAAUUCACUCAAUGUCAUUUUCUCUAUUUCAUUAAACCUUUAGUAAGAGAAU